ACAGUCGCGGCGUCUGGCUUGCUUGAGCUUGAUCGCUGAAGUCAGACAGUGAGGAGGAAAGCGUGCUGUGGUUAGGUGACCGUCGAUCGAUUAGCAGGUCCGCGUCGUACGCGAAGCUGGGACUAAUGGACCAGAUCAGUGUGACUGUGCGCUCAUAAACACAAGCAGGACCCGGCGCUUGUGUCAAGUGGUAAACAAAGUUGUGUGACUGUGCCAUAAACUUGAACAACUACUUGAAUUCUGACAGUGCCUAGCCGACCCUUAUCAUCUUCUUCUAACUAGCAUCUACCCCGCGGCAAUAAGGUGUUUUCUCGUGCGGAUACUACUUGAAAUCAUUAUGCAUAUCUGAAUUCCAUUCCCAAAGAGCAUGUGACAAAGAUGACACUAUCUUCAUACCUACUUCAUGCCGAUGUAUCCGAGCGUGUAGACAUUUGCAAGAAGCAUGGCGGACGACGGAGAGGUGGAAGGAACGGCAAGAGCUAAACGAGGAGAGGACGAGUGUCGAGGCUAGUGAGUGAGUGAGUGCGCAAAUUCGAGCGAGCACCACAAAUGUUCGGCACCAAACUGCGUUCGUGGAUGGAAACGCACAUUGUGCGCUCUAGAAAGAAGCAUCAGCAGCAUCGCAACAAGUUGCAGCAACAGCAGCACCAGCAGCAGUCAAAUCUUGAACAGCAGCAGUCGCCUUCACCAGCUGAAUCUUGUGCCAAACUCCUCUCCCCCCCUCCCACUGCAGCUCCGCACUGCAGCUCAACGCUGCAGCCAAGCCUUGACAACCAUCGGCGCUAUGAAAGAGACAGUUUUUGCGUGGCGGUUGUCCAGCAGGAUGAUGGGAAAUUGGAGAGUUUGGCGCCGAUGCAGCUGCCGCACUCCCGCCAGUCUGUGACCAUCAACAACCUCUCAUCCCCGGAGUCGGCCUACUCGACCGGCUACUCUACUGAUGGAACCUCUCCUGGCGCCUCCGUGCCUCCUGAAUACUAUAUCAACAUUCGUACUGGAACGCAUUACUUUCAGUCGCAAGGAGAGUGCACCGGUUCGGCUGUAGCGUCGAAGCAAGACAGAGACAGAGUGGCCGCCACAGUGCUGCUUCUCACUCCUCGUUCGGCGCGCAGGAGACGAGAUGACGUCAAGGAGAAGAAGAAGACGACGAAGCAAGCCGCCGACCUCUUACUGCGGGAGUCCUCCACUGAGGAAGAUCUCAUAGAGAAGGCAGUCGUUGUCAGAAGUCCACCGCCACAUCUUGAAAAUAGCGCCGUAUUGAAGAACAAGAUCGGACGCCCUAUGCCCAACAGUCUGCACAGGCGAACAGAGUCGUACGAUGAGAGUCGAUCACGACCCGAGCUGUUCGGUGAGACGAGAGUGGUGGCCAGGCCAGGUGAUGCCUCCAGCAGUCAACCUGCCAACACUGACCUGUUAGCCGCCGAAAAGGACUCAAACAAUCCACCCUACCAGUGUUCAUCACCCUAUCUAUCAAGUGCUUCCCCCCGCCAAAGAAACCGAAUCCGCACCAAUCCGUGGCUGAGUGGAGGCCAGCCGCCUCCACAGACGGCGCCCAAGUGCUACAACUCGCAGGGAGAGACGUCGUCGACUGUGGGUAGCAGCUCCACCAUCUCCUCCAACGGAUGUCAUCUGGCGCCACCAGCCGACACUCACACCCACUCGCCCAGGUCCAACACUAAGAAGAAGCUGGCCAAAGAUGAGGCCAAAAGCCCUGCAGCUCUGGCCAUCAGCCCUGUUGUCAGAACCCGGCGACUGGUGAUGUCGUCCUCGGUGACGACUUGCUCGCCGCACCUGAACCGACCGUGUCGCCACGCGAUGCAACAUGGCCGCUCGCCAUCCUCCAGCUCAUCUACGAGCUCAUCUACCAGCUCGGCUAGCAGCUCGGCAUCCAACGACAACCACCACGGCAACACCAGUGACUUCUCCGAUGAUGACGUCACGCUCAACGAGAUGCUCGGCAAGUUUGACGAGAGCUACGUCUACGAGAAGGAGACCGACAUCCUCAGCGACAGCGACCCCACUGACUGCGACGACUACAAUGAAGAAAAAAUGGACAAUGCGAAAGUGAGCACGUUUGAAGAAUGUCCAAGAGAAGAUUUUGAGUUCAUAGACAACGGUUCUUUGGCCGAAUUCGUAUAUUCAGAUUCCGAAUACUCGGCAAGUGUUAAUACUGGUCACUGUACUUACCACCAUCUGCCAGGACAUACACCUGAGAUGCAAAAACGACUGAAAGACUCGGUGGCCAGGCGACACCGCGCUGAGACCAACAGAAGGCACAGGGACUCUUCCCGAGGAGCGUCUCGCAAAAGAUCGUCGUCGCAAAAUAAGCACAAGUGCCACAAAAAGGAAACCGAAGUCUCAUCCUCAACAGAACACGUGGCAAAGAAGACCAGUGCUCGUAAGAGAAGCUCAGGAUCAAUCAACAGGAAGAGCUCAAUUGAGAAUGUGCCAAGGUCUUUCGAGCAGAGCGGGCCUCUCUACAGUCCGACAAGACGUCUCGUACAUGACCCUGACCGACGUAACCUUGAAAACCCAGCAAAGCAUUUCAAUCUAAACAGGGUUCUAAUGGAAAGACUGAUCAACAAUCAGAGGAAUGGAACUAGAAGUGCGGAUGGCACUCCCGUCUCACUUAGAAGAAACCACUCAUCCGCUGAAUACAAUGGCAAAUACUUGAGGAAUCACUGGGUCACCAAAGUCAUGAACUCAAACCCGGGCUUCAAUGAGCGAAGGAAUAGCUUUGAAGGCCGACUCAAUUCAGCUGGUGAAACAAAAAAGAUCAAUUCUCUGACACCACAUCCUUCUCCUGUCAAGGACAGACCUUUCCAUGACAGACCUCCUGUAGUCAAUGAAGUGAAUGAAGCCGACAAGGAAGGUGACCUCAAGUAUCGGAGACUGAUACAAGAGGCUGAAAAUAUUCUUGAAGACUUCCAGGGCAAAACAAAACCCGAAUAUUUGUCACCAACUUUCCGUGUGCGGUCUGCAAACCAUUCCGCACCUCUUAGUCCUCUUGUCAUGAAAUGUCAGAAACAGGCAGAAAUGUUUAAAACGGCAAAUGGAGAUAUCUGCAACACUCAAAUCAACAAUAACAUGAAGCGUGAUACUACAUUUUUGAUAGAAAAAACUGGUAAAGAUACGAGUGAGGUAACCAAUAAUAACGAUGAAGGUUUAUUUAAAACGAUCUCGAAAACUUUUGAAAGAAUAAUAGCCAGGAAUAACACUUCAGAUGCUAAUAAGAAACUUGACAAAAGUGUUGCUGACCCUUUUGUACAGAAAAAGAUGAGCUUGUUUGUGCAUGCACCUCCUCCCCCUCCCAUCUAUGAGAACAUUGCGAGGAGAGGAAGUACCUAUUCAAAUAUAGAAACUUUUGGAAAUGCUACUUGUAUCAAUGACAAUGCAUCAAAUCACAACAAUGAUAGCCACAGAGACGAUCUUUCCAAAUUCAAUGAUGGUUAUACGUUUGUGAAUGGUAACAAUAAUCUGAGUGAAUUUAGAAAGAGUAGCUUUUCAUCAAGAACCAUCAAGAAAGAUUCACCAAGUUUCAUUCGAAAAAACUCAGAUUAUGAAUGUUCAUCGGCUCAACCUGAACCCACAAAUUGCCAAAGUAAUAGCUGCUACUUGUAUGAUAAGCCACCCAGAUCGCCAUGCAGGAUUGAUCGCAGUUCAAAUCGUAAGCUGCCACCAAACAUCAACUCGAACCGAAUGCAGAACCUUGGUGAGCAAGUGCCAUGGCACCAUAGGAAUAGCAAUGUACAAGAUCGAUUCAAGAACCAGGUGGAUGAUGAGAAUAAUUUCCGCAAGUCGUUGAAUGCUAUAAGAGGUACAGAAAAUCAGAAACCUGAUCUAACAGCAUUCAGGUCGUUCGAUCUAGGCAAUGGCAACGUAUUUGGCACUCGCUAUUGUCCCCAAAGCGAACCUGUCAAACGCAAAGUGUACACGUGCAGUGCUACUUUCAACAAACUACAAAAGUCACUCAUGAGAAAAAAUACGCAUUUGGCCAACUCGGCUUCAACCGGCUUCAAACCUACUGGUCAAGCAAAUGACCAAAACUACAACUGGAAAGAUAAAGCUGCUCACCUCAAAAAUGAACGCCUCUCAAUCGACAGCCAAGUAACUCAGAGUCGAAAACAUUCUGAUAGACAAAUCAGAAACGAUAAUAUCGAAACAGGGUAAUCGUUUACGUGUGUAUAUGUGUGAAAUAUUGACAUCCCGUACUUCCUGUGUGUUUUGACGUCAUCCACCCUCAACACUCUCAAUUUAAAAUUACAAUAAGAGCUUUGGACAAAUGGUUGUGUUUACAUUAUAAGAUUCUCUUGGAUAUUUAUACGAGUAUAAUAAAUAUAAAUUAUCGAGAUAAUAAUUACCACUUGAACCUGAACUACCAAUAUUAUGAACCUGAGAUAAAAUACAUGGUUCUGGACUUCAUAAUGAAAGACAACUAGCCUAGAAAUAUCAAUCAACCUAUCAAAAAUUCAGUCAUAUUAUGCCUAUUUUGUAAAAUUUUAUAAAACUUUUGAAGGUUUAAGGCAUUAAACUACCUAUUUACCACCGUAACUAUAUAUGAUAAUUGAAAAUCCAAACUAUAUAGAUAGAUAAUGAAUUGAAAGAAUUCCUAACUUCUAUAUCAACAGGUUCUGUUGAUGCUGAUUACACAGUCAUGUAAAGUCCAUAUCAUUUUCAAUAUUGUACUGAGAAAUUCUUCAUUGUUAAGAGGCUGGAUAACUAAUUCACAAAUCCAAUUGGGUCCUUUUUUAAGUUCCUUAAAUUAUUGUAGAGUGGCAUUUCAUUACUCCAGUCAUUUAGAGAUGUGUGUUCAAAAAUUAAUGUUAUAUUUUAAGGGACGUGCCCGAUGUUGAUGUCUGUUUUUUGAAACCAAGUCCAUUCAUUUGGGUUCAUAUGUCUCAUCAACCAAUUGACACAAAGUUCACAGACUCUCUAGAAUAAAUUCCCGUUUCUAAAACUAUGAUCUCAUGUAAAUAGUAUUAGUUUUAUGACUAUUGUAUGAAUAUUGUUUGUUUUAUAAAAAUGCAACAUUAUUGUUCAUGACACAAUAUUGAUAAGUUUAUAUUUAAGAAAUAAGUAAUUGAGAAUGAUAUUUCUAUGAGUGUUACUGAAAUUGAUAGAUUUUCUAUAACCCCAAGUAAAACAUUGGUUUUGAUAUAGGCUACAUCACUCAAAUUUGAAUUUAUCAUUUUACAGUAUUUGUCUUGAGUUGACUCUAGAAAACCAUUCUAGUUCCAAUGUAAAACCAUACUUGUCAUUAUAAAAUUUAACAAUUAAUUUGUGUUCAAUUUUUUUAUUGAACAAUCAUAAGUAGGCUACUACAUUGAAUUGCACAAUAUUAUAAGAAGAAAAUUAAUAAAAUAAUACUCUCAACAUUAAUUCACUUGAAAAGUGUUGCCUAUUGCAACUGUUAAUCGAUUUUAAAUUCUAAUUUGAGUGAUUGUUAAAGAACUGGGAAUUUUAUUGAAAUUACCAUAAUAUAUACAAAUUCCAUCACAUUUAAUAUCCUUCUAUCAAGCCUUCAUUGAAAGACUACUUUUUUAAAAUCAGGUGUUUAUUUAAUACUGAAUGAUUGUUGCAAAGAACUCUAUUACAAAUAGAUAUCCAUUUUCUAUACAAUUGAUAGAUAAAUCAAAUCGGUUCAUGGUAUCAGAUUUAAUAUCUUCAGAUGAUUUGUCAUUCCUAUCCAUAGAGUAUUCAAAUGGAAUCUAUUAUAAUUAUAGUUUGUCCAAUUUUAAACUCAUCAGCUACUAAGUUAUUUCCCUAAAUCUUUGAGCAAAAACAUUCCUUCCAUGCAGCUUUCUUUUAUUAAUAAGUUAUUAAAAUUUGACAGUUCUGUUACUAUCCACCGAUUGAAAUAUUGAAAUCUAUAUUAAUGUAAAUCAAUCUCGUAGAAAGAUAGUAUAGGCUUCUGUGAACAAAAUUAUCAAUUUUACCUAUUCAUGGAAGACCUGCAAAUGAAACGAAUGUUUAAAACAUACACGAUUUCAUUCUGAUUUUUAAAACUAUAGAAAAUUUGAUCUAUAAUACUCCAACUAAAUAAAGUUUCAUAGUUGAUUUAAUUUUUUUUGUGUAGAUGGUUUAGUUACGAGAAAAAACUUGAAAUUGCAGUGGCCUUCUUAUUAGGUACCCAGUUUUUUCUUUUUUAUACUAAUAUCGUAAAUCUAUGGAUAUGUUUGCAUAGAUCUCAUUCUGAGUUUUUAAUGCAUUUUUAUACUAAUAUCGUAAAUCUAUGGAUAUAUUUGCAUAAAUCUCAUACUGUAUGUUUAAUGCAUUUUUACUUGUUGAUUUUUUUGGAAUGGAGACUGGAACGAAAAAAAUAAUUGAAAGGUGCUGGAAGAUUUAUUUACUAGUUUCCUUCUCUUCGUUAUUAUAAUGACAGUAACUUAUACAAUAAAUUUAUUAUUCUUUAUUACAUUUCCAAUAAAUUUAACUUAACGUACAGUAUGCCAUCACCACUGAACUGAUAAUUUUUGUUGAUUGGACAAUUGCCGUUUUUAAUUUAUAAAUUUUCUCAACUUUCUUCAGUUGUCAAAUUGCGUGUUACUUGAUAAUAUUAUUGUUAAUACUAUAACGUAGGAGUUUUGAAAAGAUAAAUUUAUCCGGAGAUAAAGUGUAUCUCAAAUUUAAAUUUCUGCUUUCUAGUAAAGGGUCUCUAGUACUUUUGAAGUAGCCUAGUUAGAAAGUAGUAGUUUUUAUUAGUCCUAUUUCUAAAUUAUUCUUCCAAAUCACUGUAGUUACAUGAAUGUAGUCAGAGUCCCCACUAGUUAAUGAUUGCACUACCUGUACUUAAGAAAGACCUGUUACAAUUCAACUGUAAUCAGUUAUUAUAUUCCAUUAAAAAUUAUCAUAAUUACGAGUCACAUUAGAGCAUGUUGAAUAACCAAAGAAAGAUAGAGGUAGCCAAGUUGUGAACUUAGAGGAAACAGACUGUAGAUUAGUGAACUCUUUCUUUACCUUUAGUCAACCUUAUUGCAUUCGACUUAACAAUAAUAUUGAUUAAGGUUACCAGGAAUUGUGCAAAUAGAAAUAAUAUUGUUUGAUGAUAUUGUAAUAGUGAUUAUUGUUUAAACAGUGAAAGAAUAUGUUACAGUUGAUGAUUUGUAUUAUUUGAUGUCUCUCAAAAGAAUAAAUUUUGGUUCAGAGAUUGA